GGUCAAUGGUUGAAUUGGUCAUGAUUAGUAAUUGAUCAUGAUAAUUGGUCGGGUUGGUAACUGGUCGGAUUGAUCACGGUAGGGUUGGUCACGGUCGGUUUGGUCACGGUCAGAUUAGUCACUGUCGGAUUGGUCACGGUCAGAUUGGUCACGGUCAGAUUGGUCACGAUCGUUGUCGGUUUGGUAACUGUAACUGGACAGGUUAUGUAACUGUAACUAUAAUUGAGCGGGUCAGUAACUAUAACUGGAUGCGUCGGGUAACUGUAACUGGGCAGGUUAUGUAACUGUAACUAUAAUUGGGCGGGUCGGUAACUGUAACUGGACGCGUCGGGUAAUUGUAACUGGACGGGUCGGGUAAUUGUAACUGGACAAAUUGGGUAACUAUAAAUGGACAGGUCGGGUAACUGUAACUGUGCGGGCGGACGUUGGUCACUGGACGGGCAGACGUUUGUCACUUGGCGGAAUUUGAAUUUUUGGUCACUAAUGAGUUUUGGUCACUAACGGAUUUGGAGCACUAAUGGAAAGUGACUACCGGAAGACGUUAGUAUUGUUAUUGUUACUUCAUAUGUCUUAAUCCCCUUCUAGGUCCCUUUUUUGGAAAGUGAAAAAAGGUCUCUUUUUUGUCUAUAGCUCUUUUUUUAGUAUUAUUUUAGACAUAAGCCCAUCAAAAAAUGACUAAAAAUAUUUUAUUUAACUUUGGUACAUAUGUAUAAAUUUUUUAGUUGCCUAUACAUGAUUAAAAUAUUUAGUUUCGAAAUUUAAGAAAAAAAAAAACUCUGUUCCAAAUAUUAAGAGUUGAUAGUUAGGAUUAAUAAAUAAAAGGUCUACUAUAAUUGGGAUUAUUUAAAACUUACACAUAGUUUGAAUUUAAAAUUGACAUGCUAUAUCAGGUUGUAACAUAUAUGUUAGGAACUGUUUUUGGAAAAUGGCCCUAUAGUUGGGACCACCCGGGAAUAAUCGAUAGUUGAGAUUAUUAUCGGCAUGCCGGUAAUAGUUGGGGUUAACAUUUUCAAUUUUUCCUAUAAUUAAUUAGUAAAAGUAGCUACACAUACACUUUAAAUCUUUUUAUUUGAUAAAGUUAAAAAUUAUGUACUAUCACAAAACAUAACUUUAAUUAAGUCAUUUCUCAAUUCUAGAUAUGUCCCGUGCAUCGCACAGGUACUUCGUUUAGUAUUUAUAAUAGAAGACUUUCCAAAAUACAGAUUGUAAGGUGUUUGAGAUUGUAUAACAAAGCCUCAUCCGUCGAUCCAAAAUACAUAUUGCUGAAAUUUUUGGUCCCUUUCCGAGGAGCCGCGAGUUUCCGUACAGUAGGGCUUAAGUUUUAUAUCUAUAAACACAAGCUCUCUCCCUUGUAAUCCCUUGAUCCGAAAAUAGUAAGAACAUUCUUGGCUUGGUAGUGCCCCCAGACGUAGGCAUUCGUGGCAAACUGGGUUAUCAAAUUUUGUGUGUUCUUUAUUGUUUUUCGUGUUGCGUAAAUUAGUUUUUAACACAAAUUAUUCCUAAAUAUAUAUUAGGUAGAUUCCUAAAUAUAUAUUAGGCAUAUUCUUAAAUAUAUUGUCGCAUACCAUAUGUGGUAAUAUUUGGGUGGUUACAAUUCAUUCAUAUUGUAUUCACACUUUAUCAAUUCAAUAUAAAGCACACAAUUUUCAUUGUUCAUAAAAGUUGUGCCACACCGGCCCCUUUGUCCCGAACAUAGUGGGACGGAGGUAGUAGUUAUUGUUUAUAAAGAAAAUUGCAUAAAAUAUGUCUAAGUUUAGAGAAUUGGUUUAGGCCAGUAAAUUUGUCAAACACAAAAAGAAAGUAAAUCAAUUAUCUGUAAUACGAAGCUACGAAGUACGUAUGUGUUUUCAAACAAAAAAACGAAGGACGUAUGUAACAAAUAUGAGUUGGGCUGACUGUUUUUUUAGAUUGUAGAGAGUAUUUCUUUUUUCUUUUUCUUUUUUGAAAUAGUGUGCAUCCCUUAUAAUGUCUUCCAUAGUGAGAGUGGGUACGUACAAAGCCAAAGCCGUUCCUCUAUAAAAAGCCCUACCCUUAGCAUUCUUUUGAGAACCAUUCUAAUAUAUUUAACUAGCUAAAGAUAAAAGAUAUAUAAUGAGUUCUCUUUUGAGUGAUUUUUUUGCUCUUUGUGAAGAACAAAUGGGCUUAGAGAGAAAAUGGGGUUACCAAGGAAAUAUGUUACGAGAUCUCGCACCCAUACGGUCAUGGUCGGAGCAGAAAAUGGCGGACGAAGUGAAAACAAAAAUGGCAAGGCUUGACGGGGAGAUAAUGCAGGUGAAAGAAAGGAAGACUGCUAUUGGAGAAGAGAUGACUGGCCUGAGUGAACUAGUCCUGAACUCCGUUAGUGAUAGCAAGAGAGCGGCUGUUUUUAUGAAGGAGUUUGCAUUUGAGGGAGCUGUGGUUGUGAGCAAUAGUGUGGAGGACGAAGAGAGGGAAAAAAUCGUUGAGAUUGCUCAAGAGAAAGGCAUCAAACUGGGGUGAAUCAUGAAUAAUGCAGGUUUUGGCUAGGGUGUGUUUCAAUUGAGCGAUGCUCUAAUAAUAAUGAAUAAUCAACAAGACAUGAUGAAUGUUUCUUGUGAUGUGAUGUUGUAGGUGUUAGUGAUGUUAAUUAAGGGAGUAGCUAGGUAAUUAAGACACUUUCAUGUGUGUUGUACGCGUUAGUGUGACGUAUGUUAAGGGAAAUAGGAGUACCUAACGUGUACAACACACACAUGAAAGCGUCUUAAUUACCUAGAUACUCCCUUAAUUAACGUCACUAACACCUACAACAUGACAUCACAAGAAACAUUCAUCAUGUCAUGUUGAUUAUUUAAUAUUAUUAGAGCAUCGCUCAAUUCAAACACACCCUAGUCAAAACUUACAUUAUUCAUGAUUUACCCAGUUUGAUGCCUUUCUCUUGAGCAAUCUCCAUGAUUUUCUCCCUCUCUUCGUCCUCCACACCAUUGCUCACAACCAUAGCUCCCUCAAAUGCAAACUCCUUCAUAAAGACAGCCGCUUCCUUGCAAUCAUUGACGGAGUUCAGGACUAGUUCACUCAGGCCCGUCAAUUCUUCUCCAAUAGCAGCAUUCCUUUCUUUCACCUGCAUUAUCUCCCCGUCAAGCCUUGCCAUUUUUGUUUUUACUUCGUCCGCUGUUUCCUGCUCCGACCAUGAUUGUAUGGGUGCGAGAUCCCGUAGCAUAUUUCCUUGGUAACUCCAUUUUCUCUCUAAGCCCAUUUGUUCUUCAUGAAGAGCAAAAAAAUCACUCAAAAGAGAACCCAUUAUAUAUCUUUGAUCUUUAGCUAGUUAAGUAUAUUAGAAUUGUUCUCAACAAAAUGCUAAGGGCAGGGCUUUUUAUAGAGGAACGACUUUGACUUUGUACGUACCCACUCUCACUACUGAAGACAUUAUAAGGGAUGCACACUAUUUCAAAAAAGAAAAAAGAAAUACUCUCUACAAUCUAAAAAACAGUCAGGCCAGCUCAUAUUUGUUACAUACGUUCUUCGUGUUUUUGAUUUGUUUGAAAACACGUACGUACUUCGUAGCUUCAUAUUAUAGAUAAUCGUUUUUUUUUUGUUUUUGGCAAAUUUACUGGCCUAAAGCAAUUUUCUAAACUUAGACACAUUUUAUGCAAUUUUCAUUAUAAACAAUAACUACUACCUUUGUCCUACUAUGUUCGGGACAAAGGGGCCGAUGUGGCACAACUUUUAUGAAAAUUGUGUGCUUUAUUUUGAUAAAGUGUAAAUAAAGUAUGAAUGAAUUGUAACCACCCAAAUAUUACCACAUGGUAUGUGACAAUAUAUUUAAGAAUUUGUCUAAUACUACCUCCGUUCUCUUUUAAUUGCAACGUAGGACUUUUUGCACUAUUCACACACUCUACUUUGACUAUAUUUUAUUUAUUAAUGUAUUAUGAAUUAAAUUUUUAAAAAAUAUUUUUCAUUUCCUCUCAUAAUUAAUUUUCAAAAUCUGAUUUUUUUAAUUUUUUUACUAAUAAGGAAUGAAAGAUAUUAACAGUCAAACUUGUGCGUUGGCAAGCGUGAAAAGUGGACCAUUGCAAUUAAAAAAGAACGGAAGAAGUAUAUAUUUAGGAAUCUACCUAAUAUAUAUUUAGGAAUAAUUUGUGUUAAGAUCUAAUUUACGCAACACGAAAAACAAUAAAGAACACACGAAAUUUGAUAACUCAGUUCGCCACGAAUGUCUACGCCUGGGGGCACUACCAAGCCAAGAAUGAUCUUAAUAUUUUUGGAUCAAGGGAUUACAAGGGAGAGAACUUGUGUUUAUAGAUAUAAAACUUAACCUCUACUGUACGGAAACUCGUGGCUCCUCAGAAACGGACCAAAAAUUUCAGCAAUCUGUAUUUUGGAUCGACGGAUAGGGCUUUGUUAUACAAUCUCUAACACAUUACAAUCUGUAUUUUGGAAACUCUUCUAUUAUAAAUACUAGACGAAGUACCUGUGCGAUGCACGGGACAUAUCUAGAAUUGAGAAAUGAGUUAAUUAAAGUUAUGUUUUGUGAUAGUACAUACUCCCUCCGUCCCCAAAUGAAGUUGAGCAUUGCUUUUCACACAUAUUAAGGAAAGAAAUUUACAGGGGGUAAAUUUUACUGUUUGUCACUGUUUGGCACUGUUUGACACUGUUUUGAUAUAGAUAAAUUGCCAAAUAAGGAAAGGUGAACUUCAUUCAGGGACUACCCAAAAAGGAAAGAGUGAACUUGUUUCAGGGACGGAGGGAGUAAUUUUUAACUUUAUCAAAUAAAAAAGAUUUAAAGUGUAUGCGUUGCUACUUUUACUAAUUAAUUAUAGGAAAAAUUGAAAAUAUUAACCCCAACUAUUACCGGCAUGCCGAUAAUAAUCUCAACUAUCGAUUAUUCCCAGGUGGUCCCAACUAUAGGGCCAUUUUCCAAAAACAGUUCCUAACAUAUAUGUUACAACCUGAUAUAGCACGUCAAUUUUAAAUUCGAACUAUGUGUAAGUUUUAAAUAAUCCCAAUUAUAGUAGACCUUUUUUUUAUUAAUCCUAACUAUCAACUCUUAAUAUUUGGAACAGAGUUUUUUUUUCUUAAAUUUCGAAACUAAAUAUUUUAAUCAUGUAUAGGCAACUAAAAAAUUUAUACAUAUGUACCAUAGUUAAAUAAAACAUUUUUAGUCAUUUUUUGAUUCAUUUUCGCAAAAAAUUAUUUUUUUUUCCUUUUUUCCAAUUUGUUUUUUCAGUUGUGUUAUGAGUUGGGACCACGCAUGAAUAAUCGAUAGUUGGGAUUCUUAACGACGGACCAACAAUAGUUGAAAUUAUUUUAUUUCAAUUUUUCCUUAAUUAUGUACACAAUAGUAGUUGUAUGAAAAUGAAAAAAUUAGAUUGUAAAAAAUUCAAGUAAAAUUAAAGAAAAGACGAUUAGGCACAAUCACUUAUGCAAAAACGUCGUUUAGAGGCACCUAUUUUUUGGCACGUGCGGCGCUUUAUGGCGCCUCUAACGAAUAGUGGCGCAAAGUUUUUUUUAGAGGCGCUCCUCUGUAAGAAAGCGCCUCCAACAUUUUUUUAUUUUAAUUUUUUAGCUGAGGCGUGCGGCACUUCAUUAACAAAAAAGCGCCUCUAAAUUCAAAAAUUACAGGGAAGCGCGCGGCGCUGUCUUGCAAAAAAACGCCUCCAUAUUUAAAAAUCCUGGUGACACGUGCGGCGCUUCUUUGCUGAAAGCGCCUCUAAACGGUUUUUUGGGUUGCAAAUAACGGCUCUAAAUUUGAAAUUAAUGGAUAUUUUUAGAGGCGUUUAAUGGUUAAAGCGCCUCUGAAAUUAUAUUUAAUAUAACGCAUUAAUAUUAAAAUUCAGCUUCAUUUUCCGGUUUAUAAUACAAUCAAAUGUAUCCAACAAAAACAAUACCAUAUCAUCAUGUAUCAAGUGCAUAAUGCAGAAUCAAGUACUUGUUUAGUUAAACAUCCAAUCAAAAUGCAUACAUUAAUACAACGUGCAAAUUUUUUUGCUAAGUAGCUUUUCCUCAAGUUUGCAAUACUACAUCAAGAAAGUAUCUUGACUAUACCUUUCUGAUUUCAUUGAACUCUCCUAAUGUAUAUGGUUCACUUCUUGAACGCCAUACCUAAAAUAUUUAUUGAAGUGAUCACAAAUAUAUUCAAACUUAAUUACAAAUAUAUAUGUAAUAAAUAACUAUGCAAACUCACAAUUUAUUCAUACCAGUCCAAUAUCAUGAUUCUGAGAGUAUGAUAAUAUUUCCCACAUGAACCUCAUGACAUAAUAUACACAUUCAGUACUUCCGAUUUGUUGUGCAACCUGUAUAAUUCAUAAAUGUAUAAGAAUCAAAAUUAUAUUUCAAGAUCACUUUCCUAAGAUUAAUUGUAUGAUAGAAAGGAUAGAACAUACCUUCACACUAUGCCAUUUAAUUGGCUUACCACGACCUUUUUGUGCAGAUGUCACUCUAUACAUUCUACAAAUUCAAACAAACAUUUUUUUACAUAUAUACACAUGUUAAAUCUCAUUAAAUAUACAUGUUACAUAUAAUUAUUAAAUUGAAUUUAUUCAAAAAAUUAUAUAAUACUAACGUUGUUAAAUCUCUUUGAAUACUAAUGCUAGGAGAACUCGACAAGGAAUAAAAAAUGUAUCCCUUAUCGACCCUGGGGCAAAUGACAAGCAGAAUCCAAUGAUACCUAUAUUGAAUAAAAUAACACAAUAAAUAAAUAAAUAAAUAACAUAUCACAAGAAUUUCAAUGGAGAUAUAUUGUAUACGUUUUACCCUUCAUGGUAUGGCAGGAAAAUGAAUGACUUUUCAAAGAACUCUAUCAAAGCAUGUUUCAAGUAAGUCAUUGUGCCCUUUUUGUCCAAUUUAUAAUGUUCAAGAGAGGACAGAUGAGGGCAUAAAAAACCAAUGUCGUCACGGCCAAGCCCAACUAACUUUUCACUUAAACAACUGCACAUAAAUAAAUAAAUAAAUAAAUAAAUAAAUAAAUAAAUAAAUAAAUACUAUCACACUUAAAGCAACUAAAAAAUAUAUUUACUUGAUUCAAAAGUAAUGUAUAUUUAAUACUUACACCAUGAAAGUCUGAAUGAUAGAGAUCUCAAGUGAGUCCCCCUCAAGAAAUUGAGACAACUCAUCACGAUCAAUUGUAGCCCCAAAUGGAUGAUUUUCUUGGAAACCGAACACAUCUAUAGGAAGAUGGACUGAGAACUUACAAUCUUCAAGUUCAAACCACUGCAGUGCGUCGUGUAACUCCAAAACAUCAUCUGUAAGAGUAUCAAGUAUGCUCUCACUGACCAACGGGCAUAUGGAAGGUGCAACCGUUACUUUUGGGGGAUCUCUCUCAACAAAUGUUGUUUGCUUCUUCUUUAUCUCUUUCUUUUUAUGUUGAAAUUGUGGUUCCUAACAAUCACGAUACAAAUAUAUAAAUGUAUACAUAAAAUACACUUAGGGUUGUACUAUUCAGUUACCUCCCCCUCAAAAAUCACCAACCUAGCUGGCCAUUGAACAAAGGAACACACAUCAUCCGCUAUAACAUGCAUAUCAGCCAAUUCAUUUGGAAACAACAAAGGACACUGAUCAAAACCGGGACAUGACAUUGAUAUGUUCACUUUAAUUGUUUUAUCAGACAUCAGUACGUUAUGGAUCAAAGCACCAACUGGUGUGUUGUAAGCUACAGCUACGGCCACAUAAUCCAAGCUCAUAUCACCAUUAACAAUAUGUGACUCAACAGGCAGCCUACAAGAUGCACCAUCCUGCAUGCAUUUUCACAUGCAAUUAAAGAUUUACAUUUAAUAAAACACUUAAUAUCAUAUAAAUUAAUUCUAUUCUUACUCACAAUGAAAGAUUUAUGUGGAAUAUUAGCUGUGGAGUUCAUUAUUUCUACUUGGCUUGACUCAAAAGUUCGUGUUGAUCCCAUGUCAGGUUGUUCACCUCUAGGAACAAAGUAGUGAUGCAAGAUUGUCAAGUUUCCCUACAACCUCACUCAAAAUAUCAUGUCUUUCACUUGGCUUCCAUGUCCCUGCAGCUAUGUCAUCUUGAAUUUUGUCCUAUUAUAUGGUUUAUUUAAAGGAGCAUUAGCUUUAAUUUAAACGAAUUUAUAAAAGAUAUAAGAGGCGUUUAACUUACUAAUUUCCUUUUUUUCUCUAACAUGCCUUCAGCAUUAUUAGGAAAAGCUAAAUGUCCAUCAGAUGUCAAUCCCGACCUAGCACAAAACCAACUCACAUGUCUUGGAAUUUCUUUAGUUGUGGUUGUGCUAGAUUUCGUUGAAUCUACCUCCGAUGUCGGAAGAAACCGGUCUAGUAAGCCUUGCUCUUUCCAUUUCGCCAUGGAAAGCACAUAUCCUGAACGACCCAUAUGGUGAGGGAAAAUGUUCUUAAGCGCUGUUUGUCUAUUCUUCUCACUCAAAGCCUACUCAAUAUUUUGGUUCAACAUUAUUUUUUUAUAAAAAUUUAAUGACUUAACCACUAAAAUGCUAAUAAGUGUAGUAUCAUUUUAAUAUUAAUAAUCAUACCAUACACUCUGGAGUCAUACUCUUAGCCACAAAAUCUUCCCACACUUCUUUUGUGAGUUGGUCUUUGUACUUCUCCAAAGGAUCGUCACAAUCCUUUCCAAUCGGUCGUGUCUUAGAGACGAAAGCUGAUCUUAACUGAUUUCUCCAAUCUCAGUGCAUUUUGGACAACUUUUUCAAUACUGGUUUAACCAUGUUAUCUUCCAGAACAUAGUUGAUAAGUCCAUUUUUGUACUUAUUUUUCUUAUCAAAUUUAAGCGAUUUUUGAAUGAAAAUAGAAAGAAAAGACACAUUUUAUAUAUUUUGGUUCAAGUUUCAUGAAAUCAGGUAAAAAUCACAUCCAUAAUAUGUUUAGCGGGAUUUCGGGUCAAUUGAGCACAAUAUGAGCCAAUUUGGGCAACAAAUGAUAUCAUACCAAAAGAAGGAAACAGUAUUUCAAAGUGGUCCAGAAGACAAUAUUGAAGAGCACAAAACAAGGAACAAGCCGGACAAAUAAUCUCACAGGCGGCCGAACAGGCGGCCAAAAUGGAGGCCUUCACGGCCGCCUAUGGUAUUUUUGGAAAGUCAACCUUUGACUUUGACCGAAUUUGGAAAAGACCGUAGGCCGCCGACACUGGACAGAAGGCGGCCGCCUACGGUGGCCGCCUGCGGCACAAGGGGACGAAACCAACCAUCGGUCGGCCAGACAGGACGGCAGGCGGCCAGACAGGACGGCAGGCGGCCGCCUGCUGGACCGCCUGCGGCGGCCGGGAUCCGCCGGGAUCCGAUCUGCCAACGAAAAGACGGCAGGCGGCCAUUUGUGACGGAAGGCGGCCGCCCUCUGUGGCCGCCUACGGCUGACGGGACCGGCCACGAUCCGCUGUCGGCGACGGGACGGAAGGCGGCCGGAGAGAGGCGGAAGGCGGCCGCCUGGUUGGCCGCCUACGGGAAAAUUUUUCCUAUAAAUUGCCCGAUUUUUGCUGAACUCAAACACACCAUUUUCAAGCCCAUAUCAGAUCAAAAAGGGCGUCUUCUUCCUCCUCAAAGCUCGGAUUUCCACCAUUGUUGCACCUUCAACUUCAAUCUUUCAUAUCUUUCUCAUUUUAGCUCCAAAUUUAAAUUUAGAAUCAUCCUGAGCAAGAAUCAAUCAAGAAUCAACAAAGGAUCAUGGAAGGGAUCUUACAAGAUCAAAGGAAAGUGCAAGGGAACAAGAAAUCAUGUAAGAAAUGUGAUUUGGUGACUUACCCGGUCGGGUAUGAAGUGACCCGGACAAAAAGACGUGCAGAAAACACAAAUCGUGGGCAAAAUAUUUGAUUUUGACAAAUACCUGGUCGGGUAUCCAAAAAACCCGGCCGGGUAUCCGGCCAUAUGUGUUAAAAACACCUAUAAAUAGC